UUAGGAACGGAACAAAGUGUUUUGACGGCAGAUUCGGGUCGGCAUGUAAACAGUGUGGCACCUCAGCAUGUCAGCAAGAGGUUUUGUAGCUAGUAGGUCAAAUUAAGUCAUGAACACACAUGAAACCAGGCAUAUUCAUAUUUAGUAGCCAUGAAACUGUACCAUGCACUCCGUAAUGUCGACAAGUUCAGGACCGUUUUCGACUUCGGUGGACGGGAUGUGGCUCAUUGGUUCCCCGGACACAUGGCUAAAGGACUGAAGCAGAUGAGAGCCAGCCUCAGGAGUGUGGACUGCAUCGUCGAGAUCCACGAUGCCAGAAUCCCCUUCUCUGGACGAAACCCUGUGUUUCAGGAGACUCUAGAUGUCAGACCACAUGUGCUCAUUCUCAACAAGAUGGACCUUGCCGAUGUUUCCAGCAAGCAGGGAAUCCUGAAGAAGCUAGAAAACGAUGGGGUGAGGAAUGUUCUUUUCACAGACUGUUUAAAGCAGAGAGAUGAAAACAUCAAAAAGUUGGUGCCCAUGGUAAUGGAAAUUAUUGGGAGCAGACAACGUUUUAACAGAGAUGAGGAUACAAAUUAUUGCCUGAUGGUGAUUGGAGUGCCCAAUGUGGGGAAAUCAUCUCUUAUUAACUCAUUAAGAAGAACAAACUUGAAAAAAGGCCGUGCAUCUCGAGUAGGUGGGGAGCCAGGUAUAACUAAAGCGGUCCUGACUAAAAUUCAGGUGUGUGAGCGACCGAUAAUGCACCUGUUGGACACACCAGGCGUCUUGCCUCCUAAGAUUGAGAGCGUUGAAACAGGCAUGAAGCUGGCUUUAUGUGGAACUAUACUGGACCAUUUAGUUGGUGAAGAUGUUAUUGCUGACUACUUACUGUAUUCUCUGAACAGGCUGGGGAAGUUCAGUUAUGUGGAGAAAUAUGACCUCCAGGAGCCCAGUGAUGACAUCCAGCAUGUCCUCAAACGCAUUGCUGUAAAACUUGGAAAGACCCAACGGGUUAAAGCCAUUACUGGAGUGGGGAACGUUACCAUCACUGUCCCAAACUAUACAGCAGCAGCUUAUGAUUUCAUAAGAGCGUUCAGGAAAGGAGAGCUGGGACGAGUUAUGCUGGACUGACCUGGGCCAUUUUAGUGAAGAUAACUAUAGACUGUUGCUGGAUUUUGCCAGUUUGUCUUCAACCUGGAAGGAUUUAUAUUUAACCACAGAGGUGUCAUCAAGGAAAUAUAGUCUGUUUCUGUCCUCAAGUCUUAGACAUUUUGGGGGACAUGAUGCAGUCUGUUUUGUUUAGGAAUGAUGUAAAAAGUCACCCAAGCACCUUAUCCUUUGUAAAUAAAAGAAUUCUACUUGA